AUGAACGCACGCAGGCACUCAGUCAUCGGCACACCCUCUAUUGGUGCCGUGGUGCUGGUGCCCCGGUUCAGCACACCCUCUAUUGGUGCUGAAAUUACCACAAACAGCACACCCUCUAUUGGUGCUGAAUGGGUCUGCCACAACCAGCACACCCUCUAUUGGUGCUGGAUGGGUCGUGGUCAUCUGGCCCGCUCAAGGCGCAACACGGAGGGUACAGCCCCCAAAACCAUCCUCUCGAAGGGUGCAUCGGCUCGCCAGGUAGGCACUCCGCACUGGACGGGGAAUUCCGAGGGAAAGUCCAAAGGGAAAGAGAGUCCAAAGGGAGAAACCGUGGAAGAAAGAAGAGACCGUGGGAGGAAAGACCAUAGGAAAUGGGAAGAUCAUGAGCUCUGA